AUGACUGGACUCCAUUCGCAACGAGGGGAUAUCAGCACAGCUGGUCCAAAUGGGACGGCAGAUAUAUACACAACUCAGGGUAAUUCAAACAGCAUAAACAUUCAAGAGCGAUCCACACAGAGCAGCCAGGUACGUGGUAACCGGAGUAGUAGACGCACAACGGGUCAGAGAAACCAUAAAAGGAAUGGAGCGCGACCAAAAGUUAACGUCAUUAACCACAAAAGAUAUGGAAAGAAUUCUUCAGCCUUACGGCAUGACAGCUCACUCCAUCAAGAGAGGAGCGCUAGCCCACGCCGCGGCGGCAAUGGUCGGACACGAUCCCAAUCCACGAUUAUAAACACAGUUAGGGAAACAUUCAGAUCCCAUGGAACUCCCACACAGCACGGUGCGUUAUCUAGGCCAUUGGGCCGCCACAAUAAACAAAUCGUCACACCUGACAUCAUUGAUGUAAGAGAAUGGGAAAAAUAA